AUUUUGGGAUGCCCCCCCCCCCGAGGUGGCACUUCAAUUCAGGGGUCUCGGGUGCUGCAAGCCCAGUUGAGAGGAGGGAGAGGGUGCUACCCCGAGAAGUAUGCUCAGGAAAAGUCAAAAGCAUGGCUUGCCCUGCAGCCACAGUCAGCAUGAUAACAGAGCGGCUCCCUUUCUCAGGCCUAGGUGUCAAGGUAGACAGAAGACAGGCAAGUUCAGCAGCGCCAUGUAUCCCAGCCUCCUCCCUUCUGACUUUGCUGUGGAUUCUAGGGUUCGGUUAUACACAAAAUCACCCAAAAAAGCACUGUGCAGAAUGAGAUGUGUGAUCCUUCGGGAUGUGAGGCACUUUGGAGCAUGAAAAUCCCACCUUCACACAUGCACAGACUGGAUCGGAGUUGACUGUUAGUACCCAGAGAUCCUGGGGCCAUAAUGGAUCACUCAGUGUACAGCCGUGGAGAACAAGUUCAGUUCUGUGUUGGGGGUAAUUGGGACUGAAAAUAGGAUGGCCAGUACCGUAAUAAGGUAGUACAAACUGAGGGUGCAGGCCCUGUGUGUGGUUUUGGGCAGCACCAUCUCAAACAUCAUGGAACUGGAAAAGGAGCAGAAAUGGGGGAACCAAAAUUAGCAGGGAGUUCAUUUAUAAGUGGGGAGAAAGUAGGCAGAGUUAAAUUUCUUUCUCUCUCGUAAUACUAGAACUCGGGGUCUUCCAGUGAAACUGAUCAGUAGAAAUUCAGAACAGACCAAAGAGAAUACGUUUUCACAUAAUUAGCAUGGAGAGUUCACUGGCACAAGUAGUCAUUAGCUUAAAUCAGAUCUUGGACUUAUAGUCACUGGCACAAGUAGUCAUUAGCUUAAAUCAGAUCAGUCACUUCAUUAGCUUAAAUCAGAUCUUGGCAAAAUUUUCUUUGGAUCUAGGAGGUAGCCCCAAAAUCUGGGAACCAGAUGAUGGACACUUGACAAAAUUCCCGGUCUUAGUAAAGGAGGGAGAGGGAAAAUGGCUUCUCUUUAUCUCCUUCACAAGUAGCAUACUUUGAUUGCAAACAGGGCUACCAGGGAUAAAUAAAGAUUUUAUUAAAUCGCUCUAUUUCUGAAUAUGCUAGCUAAGAGGACAUAUGUUUUGGAAUGGCAUUACUUAGGUAUGUCCCCCCUCAAAAAGCUAAAAUAUAACAAAUAAAAUAAAAACUAACUAAAUAAAAUAAAAACAAACAAAAAAAUACACUGUUGGUGGGAAAGGACAUUCUGAACAUGGUUAUAAAUAAACAAACAAAUAAAAUCAUUUAUUUAUUUAUUUGUUUAUUUAUUUAUUUAUUUAUUUAUACCCUGUCCCUCCAAUACACAUCUGCUUGGGGUUAACGUGUUACAUGGUAGACCUCUACCAUCUCUCCUCUUAGUCACAUUUUUUUCCUAAACUAAAUAGCCCCGGCUGUUGUAGCCUUGGCUCAUAAGGAAGCUGCUCUAGCCAGAUCAUCUUGGUUGCCCUCUUCUGUGCCUUUUCCAGUUCUAUAAUGUCCUUUUAGAGAUACAGUUACCAGAACUGUACACAGUUCUUCAAAAGUGGCCACACCAUAGAUUUGAAUAAGGGCAUUAUUAUAUUAGCAGUUUUAUUUUCAGUCCACUUUCUAAUGAUUCCAAGCAUGGGAUUUGCCAUUUUUCACAGCUGCCACACUUUGUGUCAACGCUUUCAAAGAGCUGUCCACCACGACUCCAAGAUCCCUCUCCUGGUUAGUCACCAACAGCUCAGAUCCCAUCAGCGUAUAUAUGAAGUUGGGGGGUUUUGCCCCCAGUAUGCAUCACUUUACACUUGCAUACAUUGAAUUGUGUUUGCCAUUUUGUUGCCCACUCACCCAGUUUGGAGAGAUCCUUUUGGAGCUCCUCACAGUUGGUUUUGGAUUUCACUACUCUGAAUAAUUUAGUGCCUUCUGCAAAUUUGGCCACCUCAUUGCUUACCCCAACUACUAGAUUUCAUGUAGAUGAUAAAAAGCAUUUGAGACAGUAUGGAGCCUUAUGGAACUCCACACUUCCGCUCUCGCUUAGCAGAACAGCAGUGCAAUGCGCUGUCUAAUUUUUUCCAACUGUGUGCGGAAUGAAUUUUGUUCUGAGUGGCAGUAUCAAGACUGUAUGUGCGCACAUGUGUUCAGAAUGGGGCCUUCCUGAUUCAACCUGAGUGGGAUCUAAACUGAGCAGACAUCAAAAAACUUGUGACUGUGCUCACACCUUAGAGGGAACACAAGAGCAGUCUCCAAGCAACACCAUCUGGAUUCUGCCAGAGAGUGAGGCUACUAAGUAUCUCACAGAAGCCCUUCAAGCAGUUAAUGAAGUGGAGCUUGAAGAUAUGAUAGAAAAUCUUAUUGAUGCUGUUGAAAAACAACCUUUGUCGUGCAACAUGAUUGAAAAGUCCACAGUAGAAGCAGCCGUCCUGGAGUGCAGCCAGUCCUUAGAUGAAACCAUGGAACAUAUUUUCAGCAUCAUUGGGGCAUUUGACGUUCCGCGCUACAUUUACAAUUCUGAAAGAAAGAAGUUUUUACCUCUCGCAAUGACCAGUCACCCAGCACCCAAUUUAUUUGGCUCUGCCAGGGAUAAAGCAGAAUUGUUUCGUGAACGUUACAUCAUUUUGCAGCAGAGAACCCACAGGCAUGAACUGUUUACACCGUCAGCUAUUGGCACCCACCCAGAUGAAAGUAGAAGUAAAUUCCAGCUCAAAACCAUAGAAACACUCUUGGGCAACCCAGCUCAAAUUGGGGAAGUGAUUAUUCUCGGGAUGAUAACCCAGCUGAAGGAGGGAAAGUUUUUCUUGGAAGAUCCCACAGGAGUUGUCCAGCUGGACCUUAGUAAAGCACAGUUCCACAGUGGCUUAUAUACAGAGUCGUGCUUUGUUUUAACAGAAGGCUGGUAUGAAGAUGAGGUAUUUCAUGUCAAUGCUUUUGGAUUUCCCCCAACAGAAUCUUCUGCUACCACGAGGGCAUAUUUCGGAAACACAAACUUCUUUGGAGGACCUUCUUCAACUUCUGUAAAAACUUCUGCAAAACUGAAGCAGCUUGAGGAGGAGAAUGAGGAUGCCAUGUUUGUUUUCCUCUCAGAUGUUUGGUUGGACAAAGCAGAAGUUUUGGAGAAGCUUCGCAUUAUGUUUUCAGGUUAUUCCUCAAUGCCUCCAACUUGUUUUUUCUUCUGUGGGAAUUUUUCUUCUACCCCAUAUGGAAAAAAUCAAAUCCACUCACUGAAAGGUUCCUUGAAAGCCCUUGCAGACAUCAUAUGUGAAUAUCCCAGUAUCCACAAGAGCAGCCGAUUUGUGUUUGUUCCUGGCUCCGAAGAUCCUGGCCCUUGCUCAAUUUUACCAAGGCCACCACUUGCUGAAAACAUUACUGAGGAAUUCAGACAGCAAGUUCCGUUCUCUGUUUUCACAACAAAUCCUUGCAGGGUCCAGUACUGUACACAAGAAAUAGUAAUCUUCCGAGAAGAUUUAGUAAAUAAGAUGUGCCGGAAUUGUGUCAGAUUUCCUAGCAGCAAUUUGGAUAUUCCUAACCACUUUGUAAAAACUAUCUUAUCACAAGGGCAUCUGACUCCACUGCCCCUUAACGUGAGCCCUGUAUACUGGGCCUAUGACUACGCUUUGCGAACCUACCCUCUGCCGGACCUGAUUGUCUUUGCUGACAAAUACGACCCAUUCACUGUGACUAACACCGACUGCCUCUGCAUAAAUCCUGGAUCUUUUCCAAGGAGUGGCUUUUCAUUCAAAGUGUUCUACCCUUCUAACAAAACAGUUGAGGACAGCAAACUCCAAGGUCUUUGAAUAUUUAUCAAGAAAAGAAAAGCAAGCAUUCUGGUCGUUACACUGCAGAAGCACUAUUUUUAGGAUCCUGCAUUUUUAUUGAAUGCUAUAGUCUAUAUAGAACUUUGUAAAUAAAUCUUUAUAUAAAAGCACAAACCAUGGAUACAUUU